AUGGGAAUCGAGAGUCUAGAGACCCAAGACAGGUCGUUGAUUUUGCAAGUGCAGGACAUUUUCAAGAAAGAGGUGGAGCUUGCAGCUGUGUCAGAAGAUGUAGCAAAGCUAGCUCCCAAAGCCCACGAUCGUUUUGAAUCCUGUGUCCCCAUUGACUCUUCAUCCAACAUGCUGGAUGUGACGGUACAACGAACCGAUCUCAAUCAAUCAAGUGGAUUGGGUUCUGAUGCGAUGACAUGCAACGAUGACACCGACGUUGCCCUCUUUUGGCCGAAGGACACUGCACCCUUUUAUGAGGUACAGUGUUGCCCUGCGAAGGAGAAGUUCUGCGCUGGAUGUGCCAAAAUGAAUUCAGGAAAGACCUCCUGUGAAGUUUGCAGCGGAGGCUAUACAAAGACCAGCUCCGGUAGCUGCCUGGCGUGCGCAGAUCUUCCAGGUUGGGAGAACAAGGUGGGGGAGAACUGCUACAAAGCGUCUUGCUCGGAUGAGCUGUUUCAAGGCUUCUCGGCAAACCAAGCAUGUUGCAAGUGUGGAGGCGGACAAGCUACAGCCACCAAGUUUGGGUACUAUAUUGGCCCAAUGGCACUUGGUAGCGCUGCGGUUUCGGGCCAUCCGGUACCUCGUACAGCUAGCCACUAUUCCGUGGACAAGGACUGUGAGCUCUCGAAGUUUGGCCUCUCAAUUGAUGCCAGCACUGGAGAACUGAAGUUGGCACCAGG